AUGUCGUUGCACCAUCCGUCGGUCAUUCGAGUCGGCUCCCGGAAAAGCCAAUUGGCUCUUCUGCAAACUAACUUCGUAAUUAAUCUACUACAACUAUGUCAUCCACAGUGCAAAUUCGAGAUCGUGAAAAUCUCAACUACCGGUGACAAAGUUCUCGACAAAGAAUUGUCGAAGAUCGGUGACAAAAAUCUUUUCACGAAAGAGCUUGAAUUCGCACUACUAAACGGUACGGUCGACUUUGUUGUGCAUUCUCUCAAAGACGUUCCCACUACUGUGCCUGAAGGCCUUGUACUCGGUUGCAUUUGCUCCAGGGCUCCACCUUUCGACGUCGUCUUAAUGUCUCCCUCGAAUCGUGGUAGAAAGUUGUCUGAGCUCCCACCAAACUCCGUUGUCGGAACCAGUGCACUUCGUCGCAUUGCUGUAUUGAAGCGGAGGUUUCCCCACCUCAAAUUUCUUUCCGUUCGUGGGAACUUAUCAACACGACUUCAAAAACUUGAUGCUCCAGGUUCUGAAGAAGUUUGCGACUCAAUCACCAAUCCCAAGUACGAUGCGCUCAUAUUGGCCGAAGCUGGGGUUUUACGAGUUGGGUGGAAGUCCCGAAUCGAUGAGCAUCUUAACUGGGAGCGUUACGCUGUGGGUCAGGGUGCGUUGGCCUGCGAAUGCCGGCUCGGAGAUUCGCGUAUUCAGCCCCUUCUCUCCAGCAUUCAUUGCGAGUCCGCAGCUCUAGCCUGCGUUGCCGAAAGAGCCUUCAUGAAUCGUCUAGAGGGCGGUUGCACCACACCUAUUGCCGUGCGCACCGAACUCAGCCCUGGUGGAGUGGCGGGCGUCAAGGGUGUCGGGAUUGGGAGAGCCCGUUUCCUCUGCCUUGAUGCGGCUGUGCUUUCGCUGGAUGGUACGAAGUGUGUUGAGGGCAAGCUGGCCACUUCCUUGCCAUUCUCUAUGCCGUCGGAUUGUGCAAAACCGCGAAAGGUGGACGUGAGGCCACUUGUAGACAGUUGUCCGACUCUAGAUGACAAUGUCUCAGAGAUGGAGGAGUUCUGCGCCGAAGACGAGGACGCAGUUUUUCUGGGUGUACAGGUUUCGCCAAUCUGUCCUAUUGGGCGGCUUCGAAUGGCCCGAGCCCGACGCCUUGGUGAGAGCCUCGCUGAACGUCUCUACGCCUCCGGUGCUGCAGAAAUUCUUGCAGAAAUCAGGGCCAGCGCAACUCCUGUGCAAUUAAAUUUGAAAUUCGGUGAAAUGGACUCGAAGGCAAAACGCAAGCGCAAGGCUUUCUACCGUCGCUGUGCUGCUGGGGAGAGAAGGGCCAAACAGCGACUUCUCGAGGCCUCGGACAGUGUCGUUACAGAUGCUCGUUUCCCUAGACGACUAGAGCCUGGAAUGACAGGAAUCCUUCUGACUUCCAACAACAAGGAGGAACGUCAGGCUUUGAUGGAGGCUUACAGACUUCUCAACGAAGCACACAAACGUCUAAACGGUACUCAUUUGAGUGAUGAUAAAGAAGAUUCCGUUAGCGACAAGGAAGAUGUGGACAUCGCAUCGGCUUUAAUCGAGGAAAUGAAGUCGGACUCCACAACUAGUCAAUACAUUUUCCGCGCUGUCAAAACUGGCGUCUCCAACUGUGCCUUCGUGGUAAAUCAGUCGGCAGAUAGAUCUUCAGCAGACCUGGUUUAUGAAGUCUUUCGUCACGUGAUGGCUAGCCGCGAGGCCAACUCGAGGCGUGUGCUUCGAUUUCAGCCCGUGUUGGCCACUUGUAGACCGGGUAAGGAAGAUCUGCGUGUCCUGAUGAGCAAAGCCUGGAAAGCCUUUUGGAACGGUGUAGACGGCUAUGCGGAUGGAAGACCACUGUGUCUCCUUUGCUCCAAGGUGCCGCUUCAACGAGCCAGGUUUGUGAAAAGGGAUGAUAGUGGGGAGGUAAAAAAGUACUUCAUGGUGAAUUUUCGGGCACGAAACUAUGGUAAAAUGUCCAAGGAGGAGGCUGUGAUGGUGGUGAUUGCUGUAAUGCAGGAGAUCGCACCAGAUUGGUCACCCGUUCGUUCUGGCGCGGAUUUAGUCAUCAGCGUAGAUGUUCUCUGCACUGUGCUCUGUUUGAGCUUCCUCGAAAAGUUUUCCGAUUUUGCCAAGUAUAACAUUAGUGAACUGACCUCUCCCAGCUCGUAA